AUGUCCGAAACAACCGGUUCUCGGCGUGGACACUCAACACCAAUAAACGAAACAGUUGUGUUAAGAGCGAUAUUAUGGGAUAGAGUUGUUUCGCGUAACGCAAUGAUCACAAUAGCUUUUGCGCUCUUCACGUUCAUUGUGCUGUACCUUUACGGUACGAGAACUUUUAAGUAUUGGGAGAAGCGAGGUGUAAAAUAUGUGAAGCCUGUUCCGUUCUUCGGCACGUACGGCAGCGUUUAUCUUAUGCAGAAGAGCACCACUCAGGUCAAUAUCGAUGCAUACUGGAGGUAUCCAAACGAGAAGGUGGUGGGACAGUUCUGGGCUUCUAGACCGCAGCUGCUGAUCAGAGACCCGGAAAUUAUCAAGCGGGUCCUGGUAACGGAUUUUUUACAUUUCUUCCCCCGUGGCCUAAAUCCGCACAAGGAGGUGAUAGAACCACUUUUACGUAAUUUGUUCUUCGCUGAUGGUGAUUUGUGGAGAUUGCUCAGGCAGAGGAUGACGCCAGCAUUUACGAGCGGUAAGCUGAAAGCAAUGUUUCCGUUGAUUGUUGAGCGAGCCGAAAAGCUACAGCUGCGAGCUUUAUCCGGUACGGGUGGCGGCCAGGUGCUGGAUGCACGAGACUUAAUGGCACGUUACACUACAGAUUUCAUCGGAGCGUGUGGCUUCGGACUCGAUGCUGAUUCACUUAGCGAUGAAAACUCAGCUUUUAGGCAACUCGGCGCGAAGAUAUUUACGUUCGGAGCUAAAGAUGUUUUCAUCGCUAUGCUGAAAGAGGUUUUUCCCAACCAAUGCAAACAUCUAAAGUAUUUGGGCCGCGUGGAGAGAGAUAUGAUUGAUCUUGUUACGAGUGUUUUUAAAGACAGAAAUUACACGCCAUCGGGACGGAACGAUUUUAUCGAUUUGCUACUGGAAUGUAGGCAGAAAGGGACGGUGAUUGGAGACUCCAUUGAGCGCAUAAAGGCUGAUGGUACCGCGGAAGUAACGACACUCGAGUUAGACGACGAGCUCUUAGCUGCACAAGUUUUUGUGUUUUUUGCCGCUGGCUUUGAGACGUCCUCAUCGGCGACUAGCUUCACGCUCCACCAACUAGCCUAUAACCCCAAAGUACAAGUGAAAGUUCAAGAAGAUGUUGACAGAGUUCUAGCUAAGUACGAUAACAAGUUAUGCUAUGACGCCAUUAAGGAGAUGACAUAUUUAGAGUGGGCAUUCAAAGAGGCGAUGAGAAUAUUUCCGUCACUCGGCUUCUUAAUACGAGAAUCCGUAAGAAAGUAUACUUUUACCGAAAUAGAUUUGACCAUUGAUGAAGGUGUAGCAAUUGCGAUUCCCGUGCAGGCGCUACAUAAUGAUCCGAAAUUUUUUACAAAUCCGGAAGAUUUUAGACCGGAAAGAUUCAGCCCCGAAGAGUUUAAAUCGAUUGAAAAAUACGUGUAUCUACCGUUUGGUGCUGGACCGCGAGCAUGCAUUGGUGAACGAUUAGGUCUAAUGCAGUCACUUGCAGGAUUGGCAGCCGUACUUUCGAGGUUCUCGGUUGAACCAGCGCCGCAGACCUUGCGCUAUCCGAAGGUGAAUCCAGCAUCUGAUAUUGUUCAAGUCAUCCAGGGUGGGCUGCCCUUGCGCUUCAUUGAGAGACCGGCGAAGGAAAAUAAUUGUUCG